AGACAAUUAGAUAUGGCAGGGAAGGUAUCGACAAAGACCACCACCGUCAAGCAGCAGAAGAUAUCCACCAAGAAAGCAUUGGAGCUUUAUAAGAAUACUCUCAAUUUCAAUGUCAUAAGUCGAUACGAUCCACAGAUUAAACAAUUACUAUUUAAUACGUCACAUUGUGUAUUAUAUAAGUUUAAUGACGACGAGGAAGAAUGGGUGAAGAGUGAUUACCAAGGUACUCUAGCAUUGUAUUUACGAGACUUCCAGGUGCCUGCACAAGGAACCAUACCAUCGUACCAAGAUUUACAGACGUUAUUUUGUUAUGGACUCAUUUUACUAAACAGAAACAACCCAGAGUGUUUUUCAAUCGGCUUAUUACCAAACAAGGUGUCGACUCACUUUUUUCCUAACGGAUUGAACAGUAACCUGGGGGUUUCUGAGAUGUGUGCUGAGUUGAACGAUAAUUUAAUCAUCAUCAAGAAUCUUUUGGGUGACAUCUACGGUUUGUGGAUUUUCAACGAAGAUGAACGUGACAAGCUCUUCAAAUUGAUAGAGUUCUGUCUCAAUAACACCUCUUCUAUCUUUUAAUGAAUUGUCUACGUCUUUUAAUGUACAUUAUCU